AUGAAUGAAAAUAAUGAUGAUAUUAAUAAUUUAAAUACACCAUGUGUUUUAGUAUUGGAUUCAGUUGUUAGAAAUAAUUGUAUUAAAAUGAAUGAAAGAGCAGCAUCACUAGGUGUAAAUGUUAGACCACAUAUGAAAACUCAUAAAACAAUUGAAAUUGGUAAAUAUCAAUUUGAAGAAAAUAAAAAUUUAAAUAAAAGUAGAGGUAUAAUUGUAUCAACAUUAUCAGAAGGUAAAUUUUUUUCAAAAGAAUUUAAAGAUAUAUUAUACGCAACACCAAUUGCACCAAAUAAAGUGAAAGAUGCUUAUCAAUUACAUUUAUCAAUUGAUAGAUUGAAUGUAAUGUUUGAUAAUAUUGAACAUUUAAAAUCAAUGGUAGAUUAUGCAAUCAAGAAUCCAAAUGAAUUUCAAAAGAAAUGGUCAGUAUUUUUAAAGAUUGAUUGUGGUUAUCAUAGAGCUGGUGCAGAUCCAAAAUUACAAUCAACCACUGACUUGGUUGAAUUAAUAGUAAAUGGUGAAUAUAAUCAGUAUUUCCAAUUCCAAGGUAUUUAUUCACAUUCAGGACAUUCAUAUAAAUGUCAAACUCCAACUGAUAUAAAGAAUCUAGCAAUUGAGGAAGCUAGAGUCACAGGUGAUUAUGGAAAGAAAUUGAAAUCAUUGGGAUAUAAAGUUGACACAGUUUCAAUUGGCUCAACACCAGUUUGCUCACAUUUACCUCAUAAUCUAUUGAGUGAAUAUGGUGUGAAUGAAAUUCAUCCUGGUAAUUAUACAUUCUACGAUCAAAUGCAAUAUGAAUUGGGUAAUUGUAAAUUGGAGGAUAUCGGUGUUCAUGUAUUGGCAACCAUAGUUAGUAUUUAUCCUGAAAGAAAUGAACUCUUGGUUGAUGCAGGCUCAUUAGCAUUAUCAAGUGAUCCAGGUUGUACUCAUUUAAGAGAUCUCAAAGUCAUCAAUAAUUUCGGUAUCGUCUACAAUGAUACAAACUUAAGAAUAGUUGCACCAAGCCAAGAGGUUAGUAAAAUUCAAAGUACAAAUCAAUCACCAAUCGAUUUCUCAAAAUAUAAAAUUGGUUCAAAAAUUCGUAUCAUUCCAAAUCAUUCUUGUUUAACUGCUGCGAUGUUUUCAGAUUAUCAUGUAAUUAAUAAUGAUAAUCAAAUUAUUAAUUCAUUUAAACCAAAUAAACAUUGGUAA